AUGGAUAGCCAAACGAUUGGUAGACAAGGACGCGAACGUACAAGAAAAAAGGCAGCGAUUUAUGAACUAGAAAUAGAGAAAUAUUUGCAGCUACCUCUUAUAUCCAGACAAGAGGAUCCCUUAACUUGGUGGAAGUAUAGCCGCAAAGAAUUUCCAAAUUUGUUUACACUGGCAAUGAAGUAUCUCUACGCGCCACCUUCCUCAGUGAACUCGGAAAGAGUAUUUAGUGCAUCGGUACUGGACCGGGAGAAGUCCAGUGACAGCACAGACGUGGUUGCGAAAGCUAGUACUCCGGAGGGGAAUCCGGAGAAAAAGGCACCCCUAGAUCGGGAAAAACCCGGUGACAGUAAACGGGUGGCUGCGGAGCUUAGUCCUCCUGAAGGAAAGCCGGAGAAGAAGAAGAGCCGUCUUGAAACAGUGGCUCCAAAACCUAAGGCAGGGGCCAGGAAGCCGGGUGUUAGCUAUGCUAGCGCCACUAAGCGCAUUAGACUGGCAGUUCUGCCGAAGGCUUUCCCUGAGAGUACACUCACUCGUGAGGAUCAGGGAAAGAUUGAGGACGCCAUUGUGGAGGAGAUGGGGAAGGGUUGGAGGUCAAUACUCCAAUUCGACGGCAUCCACUUUCGGCCAGGCCUUAUACUGGUCGACUGUUUGGAUGCAGAAUCAGCCGAAUGGUUGCGCGAAAUUGUCCCAAAACUGCCUUACUGGGAUGGUGCGGAACUGACUACGUGCGAUGGGGACAACAUACCCAGGGUGCACGUAAUUACUACUUACCUACCAAAAGCUGCAGGAGUGGACACGCAGAAACUGCUGAACCUCAUUAUAGCACAAAAUGAGGGAAUGCAUACCGACCUAUGGAAGGUUUAUAGGAGCAAUGAUGAGAAGACGGGCAAACUGCUAACGAUCGGGAUUGACGACCGGUCGUUGGACGCUAUCAAAAAGAAAAACUGCAUCCUACGAUACAGGUUUGGUAGUGUUCUAGUGCAUGUGCACAAGGGCAGGGAACCGAAGGCGAAGAUAGCCAAGCCAGAUACUCCACCGGGUGGUUCGGAAUUACCGAAGGAGGUGGCUGAGACGGUAGCCGUGGAAGCAGCUAGGAGCGCAGUAGUAGCGGAAGUCAGUCUUUUACCUCAUGAGAUGGAGGGUAUAGACGCCUUCGACCUCGGGCUACUAACCAUUUGUGCUGAUGACGACUCGGAGAGAGCCACCUUGUCCGAGUUUGACGAAACUCUGACAACGGACGAAGACGAUGAACGCCAACAACUGCGACGAUGA